CAUCGGAGAGGAUAAGAUGGAAGGGCUGAUCCCGUUCGUGAUCGACGUGAUCAGGAGGAGCCACGAGCGGAGCGGCUACCGCCCCGUCUCGUCCGACAGCGGCAGCUCCCGCGGCGGGCCCGGGGGCAGCAGUGGGCGCCACCUCACCGACUACUCGGAGCUGCCCGACGACGCAGCCGCGGCGAGCGCCGGCGCCGACAGGCCGUCCGGUACGCUGCACCGCGCGCGGUCCGGGUACGUGGAGACGACGGUCGGGCGUCGCGCGGACGACGAGCAGGCCAGGCCGGCGCCCGUGGUCGUCGCCGGGUCGGCUUAUCGACGCAAAUGAGGAGCGACGUGCAUGCUGAGCUUUGUUGGGAGGAUGAGGAUUCAUCGUCAGCAUCAACAAGUUGAGCAUUCUUGGGGUUGCCAGGUUGCUGCUUGAUUAAUUAGUUAGCUAGCUAGCUAUUCGUUCUUAGCCAUGCAUGCAUGUUAUCUAAACAAAGCUGCGAUCUCCUGGGUGUAGUGUAACAAGGCGCUCACGGUCACGGCUCGCGUUCUCGUAAGCAUGUGGACCCCUAUAUUUUUUUUUGCUGUUCCGAAGGGGAAAAAGAAAGAAAUGUAUAUGCUCCUAUAUCUUGCCGUUUUUUUUUUGGACUUGUG